CCGCUAAUACUGGAUAGCCUACUCGGCCCGGUCCGCGCUUGUGCUGCUACAUUCUUAUUAAGUUCUUGUAGAGAGUGUGUCUUAUCUGCCGCUCUGGUGUGUGUUGUCAUCCGUCAGUGAGUGUGUGAGCUCGGCUUCCGUAUCGCAUGGAGAAGAGGUAUGAGGACUUGGUGCAUUACCCAGGCUCUGAUGCCAUGCCUGUGGGAGACUACAGGGAUGCCAUGAGGUCACUUCCUCCACCUCACUAUGGCCACACUGUGCCUGACUCCCUGAAACACCACCGGGACCAGAUCUAUGGUCAUCCUCUGUUUCCACUCCUGGCUCUGGUAUUUGAAAAGUGUGAACUUGCCACCUGCUCGCCACGAGACUCCACCUCUAUGUCAAACUCCGCCCACCUCUCCGGCAUGACCAAUCACAGUGAUGUCUGCUCCUCUGAAUCGUUCAAUGAUGAUAUCGCAGCCUUUGCCAAACAAAUUCGAUCAGAGAAACCUAUCUUUUCAUCGAAUCCAGAAGUGGAUAAUCUGAUGAUCCAGGCCAUUCAAGUUCUACGGUUUCAUCUAUUAGAGCUAGAAAAGGUUCAUGACCUCUGUGAUAAUUUCUGCCAUCGGUACAUCACCUGUCUAAAAGGCAAGAUGCCCAUUGAUUUGGUGCUGGAGGACCGAGAGGGCGGAUCCAAAUCUGACAUGGAAGAUUUCACUGGCUCUUGCACCAAUCUGUCAGAACAAAAUCAAUCUUGGUUGCGAGACCCGGAUGACUGUGCGUCGACCCCCUCAGGCACCCCCAGUGCCUCCUGUGGCCUCACCUCACACAGCGCAGAGAACUGCAGCGAUGCCGGUGAUGGGUUGGAUGGAAGCGUAGCAUCUCCCAGCACGGGAGAAGAAGAUGAAACAGAUAGAGACAGACGAAACAACAAGAAAAGAGGAAUCUUUCCCAAAGUUGCAACAAACGUUAUGAGAGCUUGGCUCUUCCAGCACCUGUCGCAUCCGUACCCGUCCGAAGAACAGAAGAAACAGCUCGCCCAAGACACCGGGCUCACUAUACUGCAGGUCAAUAACUGGUUUAUAAAUGCCAGACGCAGAAUAGUCCAGCCAAUGAUUGACCAAUCAAAUCGCACAGGCCAGAGUGAUCCGUACAGUCCGGAGGGGGCAGCUCUAGGAGGAUAUGGGUUAGAUGCACAGUCGCAUUUAGGUCUUAGGACAGCAGGACUUCAGGGAAUACUGUCCCUGCCCACAGAUUACCCCGGGGCCCUACUGCCCCAGCCGGGAUACUCGCACGCUGGCCCAUCCUUGCACCCCUACCCCGGCCCCCACACUGCCAUGCUGCUCCAUCCACCACUCCACAGCCACCCCGCUGAAUCCCUCAUAGGACAAGGCCUUGACAUACAUGCCCACUAACUGAGAGCGGAGCUGGGAAGGGUGCGCUGAAAAUGGGAUGAAAGGGUACAUUAUAAAUGGACUUUGCAGUACCACAUUCCAUUGCUCUCACCAAACCUUCAGGGCAUC